AUGCUCCGCUGGCUCAGAUGGGGUCUGGCGUCCGUACCGCACCGCGGAGACACUGGUUACUCAGCAGAGAAGGCAGCUGCCCUGCCCCCUGCACAACUUUCUAAUUGCCACCAACAGCGGCCGCCACAGCGGCUUUCUCUAUCUACUUCCCAGAGAGCCAACUGCUCUCUUCUCUGUGUCCUAGCAGGAACUGGAAGGGGAAGGGUUCCCGCUUGCAAAGUUUGGGGAACCGACCUUGUCUUCAGCCUUCCCCGGGCCCUGGCCCCAGGGCCCAGAGGCUGUGGCAGAGGACUAAAGCCGGAGGAUCCGCGGCAGGCAGCACAGCUCCCUUGCCUCUCCCAAAAGGCAGGUGCAAACUGUUGCACUGCGGAGCAGCAAGGCAAAGCGCUAGCCUCCACCAGGGAAGGGGCGGGGGCUGAAGCUCUGAACAGAGGUGCCUGCGCAGGCCACGGCAGUGGUCUUACCCGCCCUCAUCCUGCCUCUGGAGCCCCUGGCCAUGGAAGCCCUUAUCCGGACCACUGUCUCUUACCUGGAAGGACCAGCCAGUUGCAGAGAAGGAGCCCCCGCCUUGGCUGCAGUGGCGGCUGCAGAAGGCACGGAGCGCUGGGACCAGAGACAGAGCCGCUCUGCUGCUGCCGCCCUCGCCGCCGCCGCCGCCGCCGCCGCCGCCGCGCCGCUGCCGCUGCCGCUGCCGCUGCUGCUGCUGCUGCUACCGGGAGCUCAGCUCUUAGCCUAUUGCCAGAGAGGCCGGUGACGUCAGGCAGCCACCGCCAGGGCUCCAAGCCACCCCUCAGGCCCCCACCCACCCUCAUAACCAACACCUUGUCCUGGCAUAACAGCCUCGCCAACACCAUUUCCAGUUUCCUGUUGUUCCCUAGCUUUGGGGCUGGGAGGAGCAAACCCACCCCCACCCCCAACUCCACCCUGCCAGCAACCCACCUUCAGCACAAGCACUCCUUUGCUUUGGAAGACUCGGGCUUCAGUUCUUCCAUUACUCUAUUCUUCCACCUCAACCGGUCUCCAGGUCUUCACUUUCCAAGGUUUGAAGAACUCCCUGGAGCAGAGGAUACAUAAGCCCCACAGCCUUUCAUAGUACAUUAAUUGGAGGUGAUGGAAGAACAUUCUCAGAUCAAAGAUCCUCUCAUCUCUCUGAGUCUUCACUGUUGGACCAACACUCUAAAAGCCUGCAUUUGGGUUUUCUAUCCACCACUUCUGCUCAGAAGGACCUGCCUGGAACCCUCAGGACAAAGGAUUUGAGGAGCAGCCUGGGACA